ACCGCCGCCAACGCGUGGAAGCGCUUAUCUUCCUUUUUUUUAUACUUUUCUACUUUUAUACUUCACCGUCGUCGUCGGCUUGAGCAGUUCUCGAAGCGCUGCGAGCGGCGAAGAGGAAGGCUGUUCGAGACGAGAAAACCGCAGAAUUCCAUCGAGAAAGGCAACAGCUCGUCAUGCUGAGCUAGGGCAACGCACCUCCAAGAAAGCAACUACGGAACCUUUUUGUAAAAAACCAAAAAAAUAGUGAUAAACCCCACCAGCAACAUGCACAUCGAAGUGCAAGUAGCACUCAACUUCGUCAUUUCGUACCUGUACAACAAGCUGCCGAGGCGGCGCGUCAACAUCUUCGGCGAGGAGCUGGAGAAGGCCCUGAAGGAGAAGUUCGAGGGCCACUGGUACCCGGACAAGCCGUUCAAGGGCUCGGCGUUCCGGUGCCUCAAGACGGGGGACCCCGUGGACCCGGUGCUGCAGCGCGCCGCCAGGGAGGCGGGCGUGCCCGUGCACGACGUGCUCGACAACCUGCCGCAGGAGCUCGCCGUCUGGGUGGACCCCGGAGAGGUGAGCUACCGGAUCGGCGAGAAGGGCGCGGUGAAACUGCUGCUGAGCGAGUCGGGGGCGGGCGCGGGCGGCGCCGGCGGCGAGGGCUCGCCGGCGGCGGGCGGCAGCGGGGGCGGCAGCGGGGGCGGCCCGGCGGCGGCGUCGGCCGAGGACCGCGAGGUGACGCGCACCUUCAACCCGGAGGCGCAGUGCUUCCGGCCGGUGGAGGCGGAGCCGCACGCCGGCUCGGCGUCGCCGCAGCCCGCGGCCAGCCCAGCCGGGUCGCCGUCGCCCGUGGCCGCCUCCUUCCUGGCGAGGCCGCCGCCGCCGCUCACCUUCACCACCGCCACCUUCGCGCAGACCAAGUUCGGGAGCACCAAGCUCAAGACCUCCAGCAAGAGGGCCAACAGGAUGUCGCCGACGGAGUUCAGCAACUACAUCAAGCAGCGGGCGAUGCAGCAGCAGCAGCAGCAGCAGCUGCAGUCGCCGCGGCCGCUGUCGCCGGCUGACUACUUCCUGCAGGGCUACCAGCAGGCGCACGGGUCGCACUUCCCCUACCACGAGCUGUACCACGCGCCCCCGCCGCCACCCCCGCACCACCACCAGCUGUUUGGAGGCGCCGGCGCCGGCGCGGGGGCGGGCGCGGGCGCGGCGGCGGCCUCCUCCCCCGACGGUCCGCCGCCCCCGUCUGCCAAGCAGCUGCUGCCGCCCCCGCCGCCCCCGCACCACUACCAGGCGCACAGCCCGUACCAGCACCUGCUCGUAGCCAACUAGGCCCGCCCUCCAGCAGCAGCCGGCUUGAUCAUCUUCUAGUCGCAGGGUGGCGAGCACACCCUUUACCUUGGAUUACGAUUCGGGUCGCUCUAGAACCAACACCGUCUAAAAAAGAAAAAAAAAACUGAGACACACACACACACCAUAAUAUAUAUACAUACAUGAUGAUAUAUUUUUCCUUCCUUGGUUGGUUUGCCAAGCCACUGUUAUGUUGUAAAACUAGAAAGUAAUAUUUUAUAAUAUAUCUAUAUUUUUUACCCAUUUUUCUACAUUGUAACGAUAUGUUGAUCUUCACACCAAGGGGCGUGGCGCGUGGAGUGCGUCGCUGAGCGAUUGCGUCCCUGCGCUGCACGCCCCCGUGUUUCGAUUACGACAGACAGAGCAGCUUCGAUGUUGUUUGAAAACGAAAAAAAAAAAUGAAAAAAAAGUUCUGGUGGGCGUGUGCGACGAGCUCGCCUUCCACAUGUAAAUAGAAACUGCGAGAGUGAAAGAAAACAAAAGAAGAAAACCAAGAAUGGAGAUAAAAAAAGAUCACCGGUGAUUCAAGCUUUUUAUUUUGUUACUACGUUCGGAGGAGCUGAAAGAUUCAAAUAUUUUUCAAGUUUUUUGUACCGUGCCCUCGGAUCAGUAUUGUAGCCCGCUGCGCUAGCCGCCGCGGGCGCCAUUCGACUUUCUACGCUAGAUCUUCAUGUAUAGAGAUUAGUCAUAGCUACACAUAUUGUUUUGAUUUGUUCCUUUAUUUUUUCACUGAUUAUAUAUAUAUACAUAAGAGAUAUAUAUAUAUAUAUAUAUACAUAAAAUAGAUUUGCUAUAGCUAUUGUUUUUAUUUGUUUUUAUAUUGAAAUAUAUUUUGUUUAAUACUGA